AUGGUUCCUCAACUUGGAAAGUUCUUAAAGGAUGCUAUUUUGAACAGGUCAAGAGAACUACAAGGAAUGGUGGUCUUAAGUCAUGAAUGUAGUGAAAUAAUUCCGAGGAGAACAAUUCCUAGGAGGUUAUCUGAUCCAUGGAGUUUAACAUUGCCAUGUACUAUUGGUACUUUGAAGUUUGCAAGCUGCUUAUGUGACUUAGGAGCUUCAGUGAGUUUAAUGUCUUUCUCUAUUGCAAAGAAUUUGGGUUUCACAGUCUACAAGCCUGCAAGAAAAUCUUUGGUACUUGCUGAUAGAUCAGUUAGGCUCCCCAUUGGACUCCUUGAAGAUCUUCCUGUGAAGAUAGGUGAUUUUGAAGUUCCAACAUACUUCAUUGUGCUUGAAAUGGAUGAAGAGUCUGUAGAUCCUCUCGUUUUAGGUAGACCAUUCCUUGCUGCAGUAGGUGUCAUAAUUGAUGUGAGAGGAGGCAAGAUUGAGUUGCACUUGGAUCAGAUUCUCUUACAUUUGACAUGA